GCGGCGCGCACGGAUGGAGAGCUGAGGCGGUGAGCCCCGCCGGGCCGGGCCGGGCCGGGCCGGGAGACGUGACCAUGUGGAUACGCCGGCUCCCGGGAAGCAGGUCAGGUUGCCCGCUAGGAAGCCAUGCUUGGAUGUUGAUAGCCAUGUUCCACCUCGCCAUGGACCUCGCCAGCUGUGAGCCCGUCGGGGUCCGGCUCUCGCCGCGGCCGGCACACCGGCACAGACUGCCCCGCGGCGCACUGUGGGGCAUGGGCGGCGGCGAGGAGCCGCGGCGCCCCGUCCCCCCCUGGCCCUGCACCCCCCGCUCCCGCCGGCCGCCCCCCGUCCCCCUUCCCCGCGCCAGGAGGCAGCUGCGGGGCCGCGGCUUCGCCCCCCGGGACGGGCGGCCCACGGCGCUGCCCGAGGUCAUCGUCUGGGGCCCCACGGGCGAGGAGGACUCCCUGGAGAGCAGCACGCUGCCCGGCGCCUUCACCACUACCGCCGCCACCACCGCCGCCGCCACCACCACCACCACCACUGCUGCCACCACCGCCGCCGCCGCCACCACCGCCGCCGCCGCGCCGCCCCCCAGCAGCCCGGCUCCCACACCCGGCGGCGAGGCGCCCCGCGGCAGCCCCAGCCGCCCCAGCACCGCCGAGCCGGCCGCCGGCCAUAGCAGUGGUGGCAAGGACGCCCGCCCGCCCCGCGGCCUGGGAGACACCUCAGGUCUGGCGGUCCAUCAGAUAAUCACUAUUACAGUGUCCCUCAUCAUGGUCAUAGCUGCUCUGAUAACAACUCUUGUCUUAAAAAACUGCUGCGCGCAGAGCGGGACCACGCGGCGCAACAGCCACCAACGCAAAAUCAAUCAGCAGGAGGAGAGCUGCCAGAACCUGACCGACUUCACCCCCGCUCGCGUGCCCAGCAGCCUGGACAUAUUCACAGCCUACAACGAAACGCUGCAGUGCUCCCACGAGUGUGUCAGGACACCGGUGCCCAUGUACACGGAGGAGGCAUUACACUCACCCGGAGAUUACAAAGCGACGUACAAUGGAAACAGACCCUCGUCUUCUGAUCGGCAUCUUAUUCCUGUGGCCUUUGUGUCUGAGAAAUGGUUUGAAAUCUCCUGCUGACUGGCCGAAGCCUGUUUUACUUCCCGGGGCAGGGCAGACGCCGUGUGGCUGUUUCCUGGAUUCCAUUGGUGAACCUGUAAAAAAAAAAAUUAAAAAAUAAUGGGUUACCUGUACCUACCAUUUCUGUUUACCAGUAGGAGACUCAAAGAGCAGCGUUCUAUGGGCCAAAUAUAUUUUUAUAAAAAUGAACACGCCUAUAGGUAACUGCAUUUCUCAAAGAGCGCGGUUUUUGGAGAAGAGUAAAAAAUGUGCGAGCGAAGAAUCCCGUGAAGGAAGAGGAAACCGAGAAGAACUGAAAGGAACAGGACUGAGCGUCUGGAGCUUGGGAUACGGACUACGAUUCUGAACCUGUGCCAAUAAUACCAUUAUGUGCCAUGUACUGAUGCAAAAGACUUCGCGAGAAGCAGAAGCUAAGUCAGUAACACACAGAAAUGCUACAGAGGACAGGGGUGGGGCGUCUCUUCUGAUGGGGUCAUUAAUUCUGGUCCAUAUACAUACAUACAUAUGAUAUAUACACAGAGAAAAUAUAUAUACACACACAAACACUUUUUGUACUGUAGCAAUUUUUGAAGAUCUUAAAUACUCAUUUUUAAAGAAAAUGUCAUGGGCUAAAAGUCUGAUUUCUUUAACAUGCAUAGUAUGACCUAGUUAAACCGAUGUUUUCUACUUUGGCAGCUUGCCUUUCAAGCCUAUAUGUGUAUAUAUGGAUAGACAUAUACAUAUAUAUAUGUGUGUGUGUAUGUAUAAACAUAUAUAUGUAUGUAUACAUAUAUAUAGAGUUUUUCUUUUUUGUUUCGGGAACACAUUUCCAGCAGCAGGCGGGUGUCGGGCCAUGGGGGCGGCGGGUGCGUGGCGGGGGCCAGGGCUGGCUGUGAGCACUGGGGACAGCUCGUGCUGUGUGUCCCCCCCCCCGGGGACCGGCCGGGAGGAGCAGGAGGGCGCACGGCUGUCCCAUGCCGUUGUGCUGUGCUCCAUCCAGUCUGCCACCUCUGCUGGCACACGUCCCCAGGAGACGGAUUGCAGGGGUCAGAGAGGUCAUUUGUUUUCUGGAGAAUGACUUCUGAAUUGAACGUGACAUAAAACCGUGCCCUGUUGUUGGGAGGGAGACGGGAGGGAGGCCAGUGAGGCUGGGGAGCCCGUCCUUUGCUCUCGGGGUCUGCAGGGGCAGGAGGUCACUGAGAGCAUCCAAAGGGAAUCGCACAUUUUGUGCAGGGGACAAGUGCGAGCAUCCCCAGUGAGGUUCCCAGGGGAAGACGAUGCAAGGGCCAUGUUCUGCCAGGGGAGUUGGGUUUUGUGGCUCAGAUUCAGGCUGCUGCAGCAGAAACCCGUCCCUGCUGGGGUGGCUCAAGCCGUGCACCAGCCCUGCUGCUUGGGUCUGUCCGUGCGGGUGCAGCCAUCUGCUUGUGGCCGGCCCUGAGCUGGUUUCCCCUUGUGCUGCUUCGGAGUUACGUGAGUGGAAAGGACAGAAGAGUUCAGACCAAAGUCCUCCAGUUCUUUUUGUAAACCGCCCUUCCUAAAUAUUAGCAGUUUUUUAGAAUUAUUCAGAUACGCAUCCCUACUCAUCCGCUAAUUAUCCAGCUCCAUUUCUUUAUUGUAAGUGUGCAGUUCAAAAAAAAAAAGGAAGUAGGAACUUCUGGUAUUGCGCAUAGCCACACGUGCAGUCUCUUGUUUCUGUAUUGUUUUCUGUCCUUUUCUGAUGGGGUUAUAUAGUCCGGAUUGUUUUUCCCUCAUUUUUGGAAGCUGUCCCGGGAAGAAGUCUUCCUUGCCAGACACGUGGGUUUGAACCAAACAUCUCUGAAGGUGCUGGCAGUAUUCCCUGUGGCUUUGAUGAACCUGGAGGAGCAUCUCGAGCCCGCCCUGCCGCGGUGCAGAGGCUCCUGCCUCGACUUCUGAUGGCCAUGGGGGGCGGGAGCAGCCAGACACCAGGCGUGGGGUUUCCGUCCUGUCUGGAUGGACCUGGUGCUGUGGCCAAGCCCGUUCCUUCUGCGGCAGCGGUGCCUCGUGAGCGCUGGGCAAGGCGGGCACGGGCGGCCACGGAGAUCCGCACCCCGGGGCUGGGUACCGCUGCUGGGCCAGGUCCUGCCGGCCUCGGGGUGCAGCAGGCACAGGGCAGCUCCCCUGGGUCUGCCGGAGCAAACCUCCCGUCCCCAGCCCCACUGAGGGACCCCCAGCGCCGCGGGAGUGGGGCAGCCUCUCGGGAGGGCAGCGAGGUUUCGGCAUCACUCCUUCCCCGCAGCCUGCACUGGGGCUUUCGUGUUUUACUGAUGUAAACGGUGCAGCCCGUGCAAAUUCUCCCUGCUAUCACAGUGCUUGAAUUUUCCUUCUUUGUCUCACUUCUCCGGCAUCAGUCCACUCCAGCUCUGCAGUUGCGUGUUGUGCUUUACCCAUUGAUCUUUCUAUUUAUUUGUAUCUGCCGGCUGCACCGCGUAGUUCUUGUGGGUAUUCCAGUGUAAUCUUGGUAGCGAUUUGACAUCAUAAAAUAUAUCUCGACUCCCUCGUUCCCGGCCGUUUUGAAGCAUCGUUAUGUGUUUCUGCAUUUAGAGAAGCCGCCGUCUGAAGCAGCUCGGCCAGGCGGAGCCGCGGGGUGGCAGGGACAGGGAGCGGGCCCCCCCCGAGCUGGUCCCCAUGGGGGAGCCCCGGGGCGGGGGGGGGGACGCGUGUGUCUGUGUGUCUGUGCGCGUCUGUGUGUCAGGGAGAGAGAGAAGGCAAAUAACUCCAACCUCAGAUGGCUCGGGCAGGUUUCCGACAGCAGGACUUGCGUGAGCUUUCCACACAGUUGCAGAAGGACACGUUCUGGCCACCCAGAGACUGCUCGGUGGUGAACCAGGAGACAAAAGUAGAUGCACAAUCUUCCCUUAUUUAUAAGGACCAACAGCACUUGCACUUUAUCAGAGAAAUCCUCACAUCCCUAUGCAUGCCAAGCACACCAACAAAAGGAACAACUGCCAGUAAGAAAGGAAGGAAAGAAAGAAGGAAGGACCAGAGCUGCAAGCGUGGUGAUUUACAAAGCAGGACUCUAGCAUCCCAAUGUUUUUUGUAGUAAAUAGAAAUGAACCGUGCUUAUUUCAUCCCCUGCUAUUGAUGAAA